AUGACUACAAGCAAGGGUCCUGAGUUGUCUUCAUUAGAGACUGUUAGCUCAGGUGAGCUCUCUAACCAGAGAGACCCCCUGUACACCGGUGGUGACCUUGAAGAUAGUGUUGAAAAUCAGAAAAACCGGAAAGAAGCGGUUGCAGGAAAGGACCUUGAUGAUAAAGAAGAAAACGAAGACGAGGAAGAUGAAGAUUUAUCAUUCUUGAGCGGUACCGAUUCUGCAGCUCUGGAUGCCAAAAAUGCGCCCAAUCCUCUUGGCGUGGGUAAUGGAGGGGUCAAGGAGGAAUUAAAAAUUAAAGAACCUGAAGCCAGAUUUAAUGAGCCUGUUGAGCCUGCCUCUUUUUCAGGCCAAAAAUUUGUAUUAUCAGGUACUGGAACUGAGGUAUAUGUGACACAUUCACCCUCUCAACGGACUCCUCGACUGGUUAUCCUUCUCACAAACUCUCUUGGUCUUGCCAGUGAGAACAACCUUAAAAUGGCUGACGAAUAUGCCAAAAAACUGAAAUGCCCAGUAAUUGUGCCAGACUUAUUUGAUAAUGAUCCUAUUCGAGUGUCGGGCGCAGAAGUCGCACAUAUGGAUGAUGAGGCAGGAUUAACGGCGGGUGCCGAACAAACGUCGAUAGGCUCUCAGGAACCGUCACCUAAAGAAGGCGAAGAAACGAUUGGUCAGACUGCAUCUACGUCAUUUUUUAGCAACCUGACACUAUCCAAAGUGAAAGCAUUUGCUACUUCUACAAUCAAAGGAUUUGUUGACGAGAUGUGGAUCGCAAAACAUACAUUUGAGAGGACAUAUCCUCGAUUGACCAAUACUGUUGCGGAAAUUGUUCAAGUGUACAGUCCGCAAUCACUAGCAGUCAUUGGCUAUUCGUUUGGGGGCAGAUACGUGCUACGAUUACUUGAAGACCUACACCACGAUGAAUGGUCGUCUGAAGAAGACCUGAUCGCCGUGGGUGCCUGUAUUCAUCCAUCACUCGUGGAGGUAAAUGACUUUAAUAUGGUAAGCAAGCCACUCAUGCUGGUCUAUUCUACGGAUGACCCCAUACUCUCAGAAAAAGUUGUUCAAAAAGGCAUCGCCUCACUUCAAGAUCGUAAUGUCACUUUCGACCGUAAAGUUUUUACCUCUUCUUCGGUUGCAGGCCAGAAUAGCAAUCACAAGCUUCCCCACGGGUUUGCAGUUCUAGGCGAUUACCCCCAGUCGGAAGUGGGAAAUAUUCCGACUCAGGUCGUCGAUCUUGUCAGCGACUGGAUACAGGUACAUUUAUCCCAGUAA